AUGGCGAACCUCAACAUCGAGUCAUACCGCAAGCAGAUUGGCUAUGUGGGCCAGGAGCCGGUGCUUUUCGCCACAAGUGUGCGUGCGAACAUCCUCCAGGGCUGCCGCGAUGCUACGGAGGAGGAUUUCGAGGCAGCUGCACACAAUGCCCAGCUGGACUUCGUGAAGGCACUUCCCGAGCAGUUCGACACAUACGUGGGCUCCGGAGGGUCUCAGUUCUCGGGAGGGCAAAAGCAGCGCAUCGCCAUUGCCCGGGCACUGCUGAAGAAGCCGUCGAUCAUGUUUUUGGACGAAGCCACCAGUGCCUUGGACUCGAGCUGCGAGAAGCAAAUCCAGCAAACCAUCGACAACUUGGGCAAGAGUACUUGGCUCGGCAGCAUGACGAUCGUCAGUAUCGCACAUCGGCUGACCACCGUGCAGAAUUCGGAUCUCAUCUACGUCCUCGAGCAGGGUGUGGUUGCUGAGUGCGGAAGCCACAAAGAGCUGACAGCCCAGGAAGGCGGAAUCUACCAAGCGCUGGCAGCUGCCCAGGGUGCCGUCCUGGCCCGCAAGAUCACCGGUGAGCUGGCCCCGAACGCCGACGAGGCGGAAGUGCCAAAGAUCACGCCGAAGCCAUCCCGAACGGCGAACAAGCCGGCGGAGGACCUAGAAGACAAGGAGGCCGAGCGUCAGAAGCGCAUCGCCAAGAGCUACAAGGUUCCCACGCUGCGCUUGCUCAGCUUCUCCAGACCCUACUGGUGCUGCUUCGUGCCGGGGCUGUUGGCAGCAUUGGUGAGUGGCGCAUGCUUCCCGCUGAUGGGUGCCUUCGUUCUGGUCGAUGCGCUAUCGGCUUUGAUGCAGGGGGACAAGGAGAACAUGAAGUCCCAGGCCGAAAUGGCUGCCCUUUGGUUCGUGAUCGUAGGCGUCGCCCGCUGCGUCGCCUCGACCUUCCAAUUCGCCUGCUUCGGGGCUAUCGCGGAGAUCACCACCAGGGAGGCCCGGGUCACCAUGCUCACCAGCAUCUUCCGCCAGGACAUUGGCUACCAUGACGAUCCAGAGAACACCCCCGGGAAGCUCGUGGCUGCCCUGAAGGUCUAUGCCUACCGCAUUGCCCAGCUGAUCGUUGCGUUUGGCGACAAUGCAGAUGCCCUGUGUUCGAUCGUGGUCGGCUUGACGAUGGCCUUCGUCGGCUGCUGGGAGAUGGCAGGAGCCAUGCUCCUCACCAUUCCCAUCUUCGCGAUCGCUUCAGGUAUCAAGGUGGCCGUGAUGAUCGGUGGUGCCAAGAACGAGAACCAGGUCCUCAAACAGGCCACGCAAGUGACCUCCGAUUCGCUGCUCAAUGCCCGGACCAUCCAAGCCUCCGGCAAUGAGCGUGGUAUCCUGGAGCUUUACCGCGGCAUGAUUGCAGUGAUGUCCAAAGGCAUGACCAGGAGGAAUCUGCUGGGUGGCUUGGCGUUCGGGCUCUCGAGCUCCAUUGUCUUCUUCGUCAUGGCAGGCGGCUUUUAUUUCAUGGGCUACUUGAUCAAGGAGGGCCGUGCCACCUUCGAAAGCGGACAGCAAGCUUUCAUGGGCAUCCUCUACGCUUCUAUGGGGGCCGGCAUGGCCUCGGCGAUGACUGGAGACCUGGCGAAGGCUAAAGUGGCUGCGCAUGACAUGUUCGAGAUCAUCGACCGACAGUCCCUCAUCGAUGGCUUAGAACCCGCUGGGCGAGCACUUCAAGCAGGAGCUGCCAUUGGACGAAUCGAGUUUCAAGACGUGCGCUUCACCUAUCCCUUCCGGCCUGAUGUCCAGGUGCUUCAGGGCGUGUCCUUCGUGCUGGAGGCUGGCUGCUCAGCCGGCUUGGUCGGCCCGUCGGGUGGCGGCAAGAGCACCGUCAUGGCGAUGCUCCAGCGCUUCUACGACCCGGCUUCUGGCUCUGUUCUGAUCGGACAGGAUCGAACCCCGCUCAGCGAUCUCAACAUCAGGUGGUGGCGCAAGCAAGUGGGCUUUGUAGGGCAGGAGCCCAUCCUGUUCAAUUCUUCCAUCCUGGACAACGUCGUGUAUGGACUGGAGGAUGGCGAAGAAGUGUCGCCCGACCACCUUGAGCAAUGCAAGAAGAUGGCGAAUUUGACCUUCAUUGAUGGCCACAAGGCACAGUAG